AUGGAUGGCAACUUCUGCCUGUCCCUCGACGUAGAGUCGAAGGACAAGUUCGCCAUCACCCUGCAGCUGGCGGACGAGGAAGCCGGCAGCGACAUCAGCGGCUCGCCGUUCUCCGUGCGAAAGCUCGUCGCCGCGCAGGGCCUCGAUGCGGCAUUCGGCCGGUCUGACCUCCGCAAGCGCAAGAGAGCAGGGGGCGACCGACAAAGUUUUCGAGAUUGGGCCAAGCUGCGGUAUAUGGGGGACGACAUCGACGAUUUCAAGGAUUCACUAGCAGCGUACAAGUCGACGAUCAACAUCGCACUCACAGAUGUGCAGCUUCGCAAAUCUUCGGUUACUCUGGAGCGUCUUGGAGAAUACAAAGACCUUAUCAAGACUGCGACCAACGAUCUCGAGGCCGGACUCGAAACCAUCGACGAAAAGCUCCAGUCUCUGGUGGAACGCACUGCGUCAAGCUCGGCUACAACAGAACUUCAAAGCAUAGAGGACGAGCGCGCAAGCGCGCAGAAAUGCCUCUUGAUCUGCGCUCAGUUCUCCAAGCUUAUCGAUCAGAUUCAGUCAUCGUCGGCCAACGAUCUUUCUCGAGGCUCAGACAACAGCCCUGAGAAGAUCACGAGCGAUGGCAUACAAGAAUGUAGGUCUAGCAUGGAGCAGACGGCUGCAAGGUUGGAAAGCCACAUGCAAGACAUCCUAGAUCGGAUGUUGUCUAGCUCGAGCGCAACAUGGCGCAAGAGGACACAAGAGAUCUCGCCGGGUUGCCAGCUGAAAGAGAACAUCAGCGUCAUCGACAACCACGCUACAGGCAACGAACCAGUGCAGUUCCUGGUAUCAAAUGGUCAGAAGACAAUCCACGGCAAGAACCGUGGAUACGGGGAUCAGAUCAAGCAGAUCGGCGGCCAUCUUAGUGACCAGUCGAUCCAAAAGAUAUCCGGUGACUUCUUGCAGAUGAGUGUCCGGAGGUCUGAGCGCAGAGUCCUGGCGACGAGCGAUCACCCACAAUUCGAAGGCAGAGACACAGACGAGGGAAGAACAAACUGGCGGCCGGAAUACGGUGGAGGCAGGACGCUCAAAACAGAACCCAAUGCAAAUGCCUCGGGGAGGCAGGAUUACUUGGGUAGAGCUAGGGCCUGA